AGCUCGUCCUUUGGGCACGCCCCCGGCAAACGGCGCAGUGUUGAAGAGGAAGCAGGAAUUCCGGAGCCGCUAGACACCGUGGCCGAGACGAAUCUCGUGUGCCUCACCGCCGAGGUCGACGCCGAGCUGCUUCUUAACUCCGCCGACGACGACGACGGCACCCCAUCCCGCCAGCGCUCUCCGCCGCCCCAGUAUCCCGCCUCUGAGGCCUCGGGCAGUUCCGCCUUCCGGCCGCCACCCUCGUUUUCGUCGCUCUUUCCCAGCCACGGCCACGGAGCUUCGGCGUCCGUCCUCGAGCCGUGCGAGCCGUACAAGCCCGCCGACGCACCCGGCGACGAGCCCGAGCCCGCGGCAGCCUCCGCCGCGGCACCUGCGUAUGAGCCGUCCGAGCAGGUAGCGCCCGAGUCCUCGAACAGCGCGUCCGCCGCCGUACGGUUCCGCGACGAGACCAAGCGCGCGCUCCCGCAGGAUACCAAGGGCACCGCGGGCGAGCCUUCGCGCACCGCCAAGGACGAAGAAGCAGAGCCGCCGCCGGCGUACUCGGAGGGUUCCAGCCCCCUCCAAUCAUUCACCUACCUGAUGGCUGCCGCAGGAGGCGCCUCGAGUAUCAUUACUCAGGUUCAGCAAGGCGGGCCGGCGAUCAAUCCUUUAGGAGAUGUUCCCGGCGAUGAGACGAUUUUGAUGGACCUGCGGGGCACCCGCUUUAAGCUAUCGAGGGACGAGCUGCUAACAUUACCCGAAUUCGUCCUCCUUUCGCUCUUUCCAAACGGCCUCUUUCCUGAAGGGCAUAUGGGUGGCUUUGGGGAGAAUGAUGCAGUUCUAGUUGAUUACGACCCGGCAUCGUUGCAAUACAUGCUGGACUUCUUCCGGAACGUAGCGCAGAGCAUACCGGCGGAGCCCAGCAGCGAUGGCGUCGACGGGGUGGUGCCGCUCGAGCCCGGCGCGCGGGACGAAAGCAGUCGGCGAGCCGGCAUCAUCGUGCUGCGCGAGGACCUCGACUUCUACGCCAUCCCGCCCAGGCAGGACAUCGAGCAGGCCGAGAUGAUGGAGGUCAAGCGGGCGGCCGCCCGGGCGCUGCUCAAGCAGGACGGCAUCUUCAGCGGCCUGAAGAAAAGCGACGAGCCGGGGACCACCGAGGCGCAUCUCAUUGAGAUGCUGACAGCGGGAGGCUUCAACCACGACGACCGCUGGGGCCACCGGGCGGGCGAGCCCAGCAAGGCGGUCAUCUGCUCGCUCGCGCUGGCGCGCCUGCGCUCCGACAUCCGCGGCAACGACAUGGGCAGCGGCGCCGUCGGCAUGGCGCAGAAGCUGCUGCUCUUCUGGCGCAAGCCCGCCCGCCGCUGCUGGUGGGAGGGCGUCGAGCUCGAGAACGUCGAGGGCCUGCCCCCCGGCACCAAGCUCAAGGUCUGGAUCCGCAGGGUCUGGACGCUCGAGAUGAGCGUCAUCGGCUUGCGCUGA